CUAAACAGGCUGCAGAUUGACAAUCGCACACCCUUUAGAAGCUACCCGCCAACAUAACCUUGGUUAUUUUGAAAAGCCACGAAAACAAAUUUUCCGUAAAUAUUGAUAAAAACUUGUAAUUGAGAUUAAUGCCACAAUGAUACGUAUGAAAUCCACCUCACCAUUGUAUAUCGUGUUCAGACCCUUCGUAUUCAGAUCAUAUAUCUUACACUAACACAUUCUUAAUUAGUUUAAAAGUGCACCUAAAAAUGACUGCUCAGGAUAGUUUACUUAGCAAAUACAUUACUAUAUUUCUGGUAGUAAGCGGAUAUUGGAUAGUGUCAAUAUCCACCGUUUUUAUGAACAAAACUUUACUGAGCCACAUUGAGCUAGAUGCCCCAAUGUUCAUUAACUUCAGUCAAACUGUUGUUACGGCUCUUAUCUGUUAUGGGAAGAAAGUUUUGAGCAUAUUGUACCCGAACAGGUUCAGUUUCCCUGAAGCAAAUAUAUGGGACUCUCAUGUAAUGAGGCAGAUAUUACCCGUCUCGAUUAUGUUUACCUGCAUGAUAGCUACUAACAACUUAUGUUUGAAAUACGUCUCGGUGGCUUUCUAUUACAUAGGAAGAUCGCUGACUACCAUUUUCAAUGUAUUGCUGACCUAUAUUAUUUUGGGGGAAAGAACGUCUAAAAGAUGCAUGCUAUGCUGUGCUAUUAUUGUUGUAGGGUUCUGGCUUGGUGUUGACGAAGAACAUUUUUCAGGUAGCCUUUCAGUAGCAGGAACAAUUUUCGGAAUAGUGGGCUCGUUUUCUUUAUCAUUGUUCUCCAUAUUAACGAAGAAAGUUCUCCCAAAAAUUGACGGAGAAAUUUGGCUCCUUCAGUACGCCAAUAACGUGUACGCUUCCAUUCUAUUCCUGCCGAUAAUUUUCCUAACCGGGGAAGUGCAAGUAGUCCUCAAUUAUCCCCGUCUCACCGACCUGUUCUUCUGGACAAUUCUAAUUGGCGGCGGUUUAUGCGGGUUUAUGAUAGGAUUUUUCACGUCCUUGCAGAUCAAAUUUACUUCUGCCCUCACCCACAACAUAUCAGGCACAGCAAAAGCAUGUGCUCAAACAGUAUUAGCCACCUAUUGGUAUCAGGAAACCAAGUCGUUUAUGUGGUGGUUCUCCAACUUGAUUAUCCUGGUGGCCAGCGCUGGCUAUGCGAGAAUCAAGCAGCUGGACAUGGAGCAACAACACCGCCAGUCACCAACUUAUACCAAAGUUUAGCUUAUAUUUUCGAGUCAGGGUGUUUCACUGCGGAUCUGUGAAUAAUAAGGAAUACAUAUUUGAAAUGAUUCCUGAUUCAAUGAAUGUUGAAAACUUUAUUGUAAUUUUUAUAGUUUAAUGAAUAACUUCUUGAAAACUUCUUUUACUUUUAGUUGCAACAUUUAUUCAGCAGGGCUUUGAUUUCGACAUUUUCCACUUCCUUCUAAAGUAGCAAUUUGAUGGGCAAAAUGGGAAACACUUUGUUUAUCGGAUCUUAAAUCAUACAUAUGUGUGUGCUUAUAAUAUGUGGCAUUUAUUAAAUAUGUAAAUAUGUUUUUAAAUAUAUAGUUUUAUUGCAA